CUCUGUUUCCGUUCAAUCUGACGUGUACGGAUGUUUUGUGACAGUGGUCUGCUCAGUAGCCCAAGGUUUCUCUUAUUUAACAGGAAUUUUAUACCAAGAUGUCAAAGAAGUCCAAGAAGAAGAAGAAGCAGAAGAAGGAGAAGGAGACAUAUAAGUUAUCUUUUUCCUCCAGUGAGCAGUCGUCACAGAAAGAAAGGGGCACCAAGAAACGCAGUAGUGCAGAGGGGAAGCACCAUGGCAGCUGUUCUGCAGAGGAGAAACGGGGGAGAGAGAAAAGAGUUAGCCACUCCACCCCAGGGAAUAGUGCAGCAGGAAGCAGUCACAAGAAAGACAGGGAUUUCAAAAAAGCUCUUUACAGACUGGAGAAAACAACCUCGCAGGGUGCAGCGGAGGGAAAACACGCCUGUCCUCUUGCAACCCUUCCUCAGGACAGCUCUGUGAGGAAGAGUUGCCCCAGCCAGGAUGGGUCGGCUGCCACCGGGGUCAAGAUCGCAGACAGGGUUUCUUCCAAACCAGUCAGCAGUCUGAGCGCGAAUAAGACCCAGUCCCAAAAUGUGGAGAAGAUCCCUACGUCCCAGGGAAGCUCCAGUAAGCCAUCCGACAAGAGCCCCUCCAAAACAGCCUCGAGCAGACUGACGACCAGUCCCAGGUCCCUCAUGGCCCAGCUGAAGGAGCAGAGGAAGACGCUGGUGAAAAGGAGGUCCAGACCUGAGGAGAAGCCUGGCAUUGGGAAGGACCACACCUCCCAAGGUAGGAGCUACCAGGACCCCCAACUGUCCCUGUCACUGGCUGAAGAGAUGAGGGAGAAGAGGAGGAAGCUAGUGAAGAGGAGAUGUGAAGAAGAAAAGGAGGAUGUUUUAAAGGCUAAACGGGACAAGAGUGGAGCAAAAUCCUUUAGUCUUCCCUCUAACAACAACAACAACACCACCACAAAGCAGUCCUCCACCUCUGCUAAAAACGCUACCUUUGAUAAAAUCUCAACCACAGCAAGACAUAGAUCUACCACCCAAAAGCAGGGGAAUGUCUCUGAUCUGUCCAAAACAUCAGCGACAUCUAAGUCCACGUGUGCCGAGGUACAGAUGCCGCUACCCAAACCUCAGCUGCCUCUCAAUUUUAAGAUCCCAAAGAAGUCCAAACUUGUGCCACUGCCAGUUAAUCGAGCCAUCUGGGGGGGUGACCAGGAGGAUGAUAACGACAAUAAGCCCAUCAGUGCUAGAGUGAAGGUGGUGUCUCCUGCUUCUAGGCUUUCUCACCAGACAGGAAGUGCGUCCAAACUUUGGACACCAAGGAGUGUGUCCAAACUUUGGACACCAAGGAGUGUGUCCAAAUCUUUGAACUCCAAAGACGGUGUGUCUGCUGCUGUGAACAGAAACAAGCAGCACAAAUGUGAAACGGUUCCAGAAUCUUCCAAAGUUUCUAAAGAAUUACGGCCCAGUUCAGCUCAAGAGAGGACAUCACCACCCUGUAACAUAACAACUUCCCCUGAAGACUAUAUAGAAGACUAUGAUAAUGACCAAGAGAUGCAGCUGGUGGAGGAGCUCCAUCUGGCCCGCAGUGAGAAGAGGCUGGAGCUGAAUGUGGUGGAGAUCUAUGGAGAACUCACCAGCAUGGACAUCGACCCAUCAGAGGAGGGUAUCACAUUCACACUCAGUAAAGAGGAGGAUCUUCAGCAGGAUCUGAUCGUUGUCCUGGACACCAACAUCCUUCUCAGUCACCUAGACUUUGUCAAGAAGAUGAGGUCACAUGGCCUUGGAGCUCUAGGUCUCCCCACAGUGCUCGUACCCUGGGUGGUACUACAGGAGCUAGACUCUCUGAAGAACAGGAAGAGGCUGUCCAGCUCUGUAGCCCACCUGGCCACACCUGCCGUUCAUUACAUCUACACCUGCCUGAAGAGCCAGGAGCCUCGACUCUGGGGCCAGUCCAUGCAGCAGGCCUCUCAGAGCAGCCAGGGACUCAAUGCUGAGAAUAAUGACGACAGAGUGCUGCAGUGCUGCCUGCAAUACCAGAGUCUUUACCCAGAGGGUGCUCUCAUCCUUUGCACUAAUGAUAAGAACCUGUGUAGUAAGGCCUUGCUGAGUGGGGUGAAGGCCUUCGGUAAGGCUGACCUGYUGGAGGUGGUAGACAGGCUCAAAACGCCUGGUGUCCACAACCUGACCCCCACCCAACCCCACACACAGACCCCUGUCAGCACACAGACACAAACCCUCAUCCGCACCCCGAGCCAGACCCGUGACCACCAGAAACCCAGCCCCUUCCCAGGCCGGCAGCAGAAGGAACAGAGCAGGAGCGAUGGAGGGAAAGAGAGAGAAAUGGAAGAGAAGAGAAAGAAGGCUACAGAAGAGGCCCGGGAGCUGAGCAGCUGUGUGUCAGUACUGGAGGACUGUCUGAAAGAAGCGCUGUCUCAGGUGCUGGAGAUUGAGAUGAAGGCAGCCUAUGAAGAACUGUGGACAGAGAUCGUAUAUCUGAAACCGCCCUGGACUCUUGAAGACCUUCUGCAGUGUUUCAAGAAACACUGGAUCUCUGUCUUUGGCAACAUCGUCCCUCGAAAUCUGCAGCAAUCCCUGGAAAACCUUCACAACUUCUUUUUCUCAGGUGAGAAACCAUGACAUCACUGUCAGAUUACAGCACUCUCAAAAUGCAAUCAAUAUCUCUCUUUGGGAACUACAAAUGUAAAUGAGCUGUUAUCUAGUGCAACACAUCUUUUCUCAGUUUCUGAGACUUAUGUUUUUGUUAUACAUUG